UUUUCGGGCUGAGGCAGAGUGAGUGAGUGAGAGAGCGAGAAGGAGAAGGAAGCUGAGGGGCGAGCAGAGCGGAGGAGGGAGAGGAGUGGCAGAGAGCGGGUGACUGAAAGGCGGGUAGCCCGCGGAGAAGGAGGCGGAGGAGGGAGUCCCGGCUCGGGACCUGAGGGACGGACGGAAGCCGAGAGGCGCCAGUAUCAGAAGGCGGCUGUAAGUGCGGAGGAGGUUUGAAGAGGAGAAGAUGGCGGACGCGGAUAGCGGCAGCGAGAGAGGGGGCAGCAGUGGCGGCGGCGGUGGAGGAGGGGGAGGCCCCGGCAGCUUCCAGCAGCACAUGUCCCGGGAUCAGGAGACCCAGGAACUGGCCUCCAAGCGGCUGGACAUCCAGAAUAAACGUUUCUAUCUGGACGUGAAGCAGAACGCCAAAGGCCGCUUCAUUAAGAUCGCCGAGGUGGGCGCCGGGGGCUCCAAGAGCCGCCUCACCCUCUCCAUGGCCGUGGCGGCCGAGUUCCGCGACUACCUGGGAGACUUUAUCGAGCACUACGCCCAGCUGGGCCCCAGCAGCCCCGAGCAGAUCGCCCAGUCCUCAGGGGAAGACGGCAUGGGAGGACCCGGGGGCCCCCGCCGGGCCCUGAAGAGCGAGUUCCUGGUCCGGGAGAACCGCAAGUAUUAUCUGGACCUGAAGGAGAACCAGCGCGGCCGCUUCCUGCGCAUCCGCCAGACCAUUAACCGCGGGCCGGGCUUCAGCGGAGGUGCCGGAGGGGGAGCCGGCCUGCAGAGCGGACAGACCAUCGCCCUGCCCGCCCAGGGACUCAUCGAGUUCAGAGACGCCCUGGCCAAGCUCAUCGAUGACUAUGGCGGGGAAGACGACGAGCUGGGCUCCGGAGGAGGAGGAGGGGCGGCCGGCGGAGGUGGGGGAGGAGGAGGCGGCAGCGGCGGCAUGUACGGAGAACUGCCCGAGGGAACGUCCAUCACCGUGGACUCCAAGCGCUUCUUCUUCGAUGUGGGCUGUAACAAGUACGGCGUGUUCCUGCGGGUGAGCGAGGUGAAGCCCAGCUACCGCAACUCUAUCACCGUACCCCUCAAAGCCUGGGGCAAGUUCGGGGGAGCCUUCUGCCGCUAUGCCGAGGAGAUGAAGGAGAUCCAAGAGCGCCAGAGAGACAAGAUGUAUGACCGCCGGGGACCCGGAGGAGAGAGAGGCGGAGGAGGAGGAGGGGGUCUGAGCUCCGGGGGAGGAGAAGACUCCGAGACUGAAGAUGUGGAUGACGACUGAACCCAGAGAGAGAA